CCGACAGCUGUGUGUAAAGCAAGUUGAAAACGGUGAUAAAGUCCUGCAGAGCAUCGAUCCUGCAGAGGGUCUGUGUAGCAAAUAGUGGGGAAAAAAAGAUGUGAGAGAGGCUGAUGCAAGUGAAGAGAGCGUGGAAAAUGCCACAGAGAAGAGCUUCUGUGUCAGUGGUGAAAAUGGUUUUAGGGUAAAUGUAGAAGAAGGAUGAAUCAAAAUUAAAAACAAAAAACACAUUUCUCAUUGAUGUAUGAAUUUAAUUGUAAAAUUCUGAGAGCCUGUUCGUUGUGGGCGGGACUUAUUUUCAACGAGCCAGUGGGCGGGGCUUGUCUAAGACAUAAAAGGAAAGAGAAUCAGGCCUGACGUCACAGUCAACACAAGUCCAUAUAUAGACAGAUGAAACCGCACACAGGACAAGCACGUUUCUUACCUCCAGUCACGAGCAAGUCUCUAAACGAACUUUAGUUCUGCUACAGACAACUUCAAACCCUGAUUCAUAUCUGAAUAUCUGACUCAUUGUACCACGGUAGAUUUGUUUCACAGUUAAAUAUCACAAAUGAGCUACCAGAGAGGAAAACCAAAAUUUGUGUACAUUCUCCCACAGAGUAAACUCUACAACUUUAUUCGGGCUAGGAAAGCCUUCGAAAACACUAUGUCUGAGACACUCAAACAGCUGAAUGCCCAAAUUUUAAUGUUAAGCACCAAGCCGGACCAAAAUGAGAACCGAGCUGGAAAACUCACUGAUCAAUCAGCUUCACGCAAAGUUCAAAUGAGCAGCGCCGCCAAAGGAAAAGGGGAUCAGACUUGUUCAGAUCAGGAAAAGACCAGAAACUUUGACCUUGAGAUGAACCGUCUUAAAGAGCAGCUUCAGCAGAGGGACAGUGAAAUCCUGAUCCUGAAACAGGAGAAGGACAGUCUGUCUGCUGAGCUCACGCAGCUUCAGAAACAUGAAGGAAAUCUGAAAGAAACUCUGUGGAAUGCUCUGUGGAAAGAACAAACACAGAGAGAGAGUCUGGACCGGGAGAAAAAAGUCCUGGAAGAAGAAAAAAAGAAACUCCUGGAAGAGCAGAAAGUGGUGAACGACACAAAAGAAAAACUGAAAAAGGCCAUGUCAAAAUUUAAGGAAGCAAACAAAGCAUUUAAAAAAGAACAGAAAGAACUGGAGGAGGCCAUGAAAGCUCUGCACCCACAGAGUGAAAAGAGAGAAACUUCUACACAGGAUCAUCAGGAAGCAUCUGGGACAACACAGAAGAAAAUCUUCACAGCUGACAAACAAGACUUUGAUAAAAUAGAACCUUGUCCCCUGGAAAUGCCUGUGAAGCCAGCAGACUCUGGCUCAGAUUUAAGUCCUUCUGACAUCAGUCUGGUCAUUAGGGAUUAUUGUCUGAUUGGGGAAAAGUUGUGUGUCAACAGACUGAUCCAGUUGGUGGUUUUUCAGGCCAUAGAAAAAGUCUCCUCUAAACACAAGUUCUUCACAGAGCGCCUCACUCCUGACUGCAUCAGCGAUCGCCUGAUUCAGAAAAUCUGGCCUGAAAUUAAGAAGAAACAUUUGGAUUUGUCCCCAAAACGGCUGAAAAAUCUAGACAAGGCCAUUCUCAAGGAUCUAUGCAAAGCACACAGCUGCAAGGACAAAUAUUUGAUUUUUAAUCUGAGGGAACAGCUUGAUAAUAUUACUGUCCCAGCCUUCACCAAAAAGCUGCUGUCAUUACCAAGAAGAGUCCUCAGUGUCUCUAAAAACAGGGAAGAGUACAAGGAUGUGGUGAAAAAUGUCACUAAAGAUCUGGUAAUGCACGCUAUGAGCCAAGAAAAUGAUACAACGGAUCCAGGAACAUCUGAGUUUAUUAUACAGAAGCUUUCCCAUAAGAUCUGGAACAAAAUUUUGUCCAAAAACUACACAAUGUCCUUGGAGAACAUUGAACAACUCGCCCUGACAGUAUACAACGAACUUAACAAAAAGUGGCCUUCUCCAGUAUUCUCAAUGAAGUUGAGCAACCCAGCGGUUGACAAAGAAAUUGUCAGCAGCUUCAAAAAACAUGCCAAACUGAGGAGCCAAAACUUUAUUUUUAGGGCUUUCUCAUGUGCACGCUAAAAUUCAACUGACACGUGCAUGCGAUUAUGUGACAAAACUCUUAAAGUGGCUUAAAAUAUUCAUUUAAAUUUGGCAUCUAAAUUUAAUUUUCAAACCAGAGUGGUUAAAGAGAACCACUCUUCUUCUCCCAACUUCCUUCCCAUAUCACCAACUGGCCGAGGCAGAUGGCCACCCCAUCCCAGAGCCUGGGUCUGUCGAAGGUUUCUCUCUUUUAAAAGAGUUUUUCCUUCCCACUGUCGCCAAAGUGCUUGCUCUAGGGGGUUGGAGUUUUUGUGCAUUAUUGUAGGGUCUUGACCUUACAAUAUAAAGCACCAUGAGGGAAGUGUUGUUGGAGUUUGGUGCUGUUUCUUAGCUCAAAAUGUCCAAUUACAACAGGACAUUUUGAGUUCAGAAAUAGCACCAAAUCACAAAUUAAAAAAAUAAAACAAAUAAAAUAAAAUAAACCUUUGAAUUUGUGCUUCGUUUUAUUUGCUGUAAAUUUAGAUUAGAAUAUUGUGUCUCAAUAUCAUGUAUCAUAGCAUCAUUUCCUAAUUUGAAGUGGAUGUCAUAGUAUUGUCUUUCUGUAUGUGUGUACAAACCGUACACACCGGUGUGAGAAAACAGAAGAUAAAUAAAGUAUAACCUGUGUUUGACGUUAGCUGGUUACAUUUGUUUAGAUAUUCUACUUUACGUGUUCCAGAUCGCUUUGCCCAGAUGGCUUCCUGUAUUUGAAGAUAUUUACAAGUAUUUCUAGUAGGGGUGGGCGAUACAUUGAAUAUACUCAAUGAUUUUAGCCACUAUAUGGUUGAAAAUAACACUUGGGGGGGUUUUUUAGGUUAUUUAGAUAUAUCGUGAAACGGCAAAAAAGAAAUAUUCUGAUUUGAGAUUUUCCUCACAUUGCCCAGCCCUAAUUAUUUGCACACAAUACAACAGGCAAUACGCUAUAGUAUAAAGAAACAUUUGUGCUGAUGUAUGGCUUGGAAGCCCCAAUGUCAAAAUGGGUGACGCCGACUAAGGUGAUCAGGAAUGACCGAAAUAAGAUCACGUGGGAGGUGGGUCACGUGGAUGGCUUCAGUUGUCACAGCUGUACCACAUCCAGCUGUUAACCUGAGUGAAUCAUGAUGAGCCCAUAAGAAACAGCAGUCAGCUGCUCUGGAGUCUGUGUUGCAACAUCAGGCGUGUGGCUGUUUUACACACAGUGUGUGUGACCUCUGUCAUACAAACAUGAAUGACAAAACAAUACUGAAAGUAGUAAGAAGUGUGGGAAAACUGCACGGAAGGUGUUUCAGCGAAGAAGUUUUCUAUAUGACGUUAUCAGUCUCUCACAUCAUUGCGAAGGAAUUUUGACCCACUCUUUUACACCACACAACGUUGCUUUGGUUCAUCAAGUUAUCCUAAGUUUCUCUUGUGUACAGCUCUCUCACGGUUCUGCCACAGCAUUUAAAUUAAAUCGAAUCUGGACUUCAUGGCUGGCCCAUUCAAACGUUCAAUUGUUUUUCAGCCAUUCUGUUGUAGAUCUGCUGCUGUGCAAAUACAUAGAGAAAGAGAACAAUGGUGUUCUCCUGGUAACCAUUGAAAAAAAUAAUUGUUCAGCCCUUUUCUAAUUGAACUGUCAUUAAUAUUUAACAUGCUAACUGAUGCCUGUGGAGUUUGAGGUGUAGCUAUUGGGGGAUUUGCAGUUUUUCUGAGCAUUGCACAAUCUGGCUUUAGUAUGAAUUUUGUCCUGAGAGGGGUAAGAUUCUGUU